AUGAUGAAGAAAACUCUAUGGGAUGACAAACUAGAACCUAAACAAAAUAAUCAAGUUAAUGGAAUUAAUGAACCUAGAGAAAAUAAUGAAAAUACUGAACCUAUUGAAAUCGAAAAAGAAAUUGUAAAUGAAGAAUUAAAAUAUAAUGAUAAAGAAAUUAUGAAUAAAAUAAAUUUUAAGAAAUAUACAUGGUUAGAGGAUAUUAAAGAAUUUUCUAAUAUUAUCUGGCCAAAUAAUGUCGAUGAAACACCAGUCAUUUUAGUAAUAUUUACAGAAGAAGAAUGUAAUAAAAUAUUAGAGCUUUUACCAACCAUAUAUCAUCACGAAUUUAAGGUUCCAGGCAAACCCAGUUUAAAAAGAUUUGUUGUAGGUUUUGAUACUGAAGGUCAUAUCCCUUACUCUAUUCAAAUUUCAACCAAAACUGUAUCAGCUGUUAUAUAUAUUAAAGCAAUCGGAAAACUCACAGAACCACUCAAGCAACUCUUAAACGAAAAACUUACAAUCAAAGCAGGUGUCGGUAUAAAAAACGAUUUUGAAUCCAUCGAACAAAUUAACAAAGAAUUAAAGUGCAAUUCAGCUUUAGAUGUUGCCUGCUUAUCAUUCAGAAACGGUUUAACAAAGAAUUAUUUAACACUUGACAUAUUAGCAAUAGAUUUACUCCGUUCAGAAAAAUAUAAAUUUAAUAGAGUUUAUCAAACUCACCCAAAAACUAAAGAUGAGUGGAUCAAGUUCACCCUUGAAAGAUUACAUCAACAUAAAUAUGCAGCUAUAGAUGCUUGGUUAGGUUUGAAAUUAGCGGAAACACUUUAUUUAAAUUUAAAGAACGAAUCUAGUUUUUAUGAUUGGUCAAAGAAUAAUUUAACAGGUAAUUUUAAAUAUAAAGAUAAAAAUAAUCAAAACAACAAAUCAGACUUUAUAAUCAAAUUUGACGAAAAUAAUAAUUAUAAUUACUUUCCAAAUAAUAAUAAUAAUAAUAAAACCUCAACAAAUAAUGUAAAUAAUAAUAAUAAUAAUAAUAUUUUUAAAAAAGAAAUUAGUGAAGAAAAAAAACUAAACUAUGAAAAAGCCAAUAACCAUGAACAUGAAAAAAAACUAAAACAAAUUAAACAAGGUUCAAGAAGACCAUUUGUAUAA